AGCACCUGGAAAGGGGCUGAAGUCAAGAAAAAGCCCCAAAAAGAGACCUGGAAGCAUCCAUCGGGGCUCGAGUGUCUCUUGCUCUCAGCAGCUUUGGGGUGAUACCCCCGAAUGCCAGCCCAAGCCAUGAAGGUGAUGUUCCUGCUGCUGCUUGUUCUCCUCGUGGCGUCCCACGCUGCCACAGUGCCAGACACUGUCAUGUGUCGGAAGAUCAAAGGCGAGUGCUCGUUCUUGCUGUGUUCCUUGUUCAAGAGAUCCAUCGGUACCUGCUACAAUGGCCUGGCGAAGUGCUGCAUACCCUUGUGAUGACCAUCCGUGGUCCAUGUCGGGGCUGGUGGCUUUGGUAGGGUCAGCAGCAGUGACACCCGCAGUGUAAUGUUGUCCGGCUUUACUUGGCUGCUGUUUGUGGUGCUGUCUAUCCCUGGAGCUGGUGGAAGUCACUUUUGCCACUUGGGUGUCCCAAAGAGAGCACAAGGGGGAGUUCCCACCUCUAAGAGGCUUAUUUGGGAAAGGAGUUCCUGUUAUGGCCACCUCAGAGGUGGAGGUGCAGAGGGCUUGUGCCAGUCAAGCCUCAGAGGUCACAGUACAGCCCUGGGGAACCUUCUCCAGCUCUUGGACUUCCACCCUGCCCUUUCUACCAACCAAUGUCGAAGGGCUGCAGGAUGAGGACACCUUUGGAGCCUCAUUGCUCUCCUCCCACCUUGUCCCCACCUGCAAUUUGUCUCUCCACCUUCAUCCUCGCCAGCUGGCUCCUGCGUGGUGAGGUCUGAUUCAGUCCCAGCUCCUCUCCAGGUCUGGCCAACUCUCAUUUGGUCUCUGUUGUGAUACAGCAAGGGCUGGACACUGAAGUCUUCUGCUCUCAUCCAGACUCUGACAAAUAUCUCAGCCUUACAGUAUGUGAGUGAUUUGUGCUCCUUUUCUCUUCUCUAGCAUGUAUUCACCACAUCCAGAGAGUCCGGUCUGCAAAUUAUCUGAGUUGUGUAAAUAUCUAAUAAAGCGUGGGUAUAGAGGCCAAGCUUCUUAAGCCAUUAA